GACAAAAUGGAGUACACAUCUUGUGAAGCUCUUGAUGAAAUUAGAUUUUGGGACAGGACAGUAGAAUUGGUAUCCUAUGUGGAAUUUGUACAUCCCAUCAAAACUACUGGAAAAUCGGAAUUAUUCAAAUUUUUUCUGAAUAAUGGUGGUGGCAAAACUAUACAAUGUGUCAUUUGGGGUGAGCGAGACAUCGACGCUCUGAAAGAGAAGAUUCAUGUUAAUAAGAUUCUGCACAUUGAUGGAGCUCUAGCUCGGGUACCAACGAGACCUGAAUUUAACAAGGGCAAUGUUAACUUUGAGUUGCAAUUAUUUGCAACUACUGAAGUUAAUGUAGUAGGCGAUUAUGUACCAGAUGUAGUCGAAGAAAUUGAAAUUGAAGAAGUCGAGUUAUGUGAUGCUAUUCAUCACGAAAAUGAGUUAAUUCAAAUCAAUUCCUACAUCAAAACUAAGUUUGUUUAUCAGUCAGUUGGUGUAAAUAAAAACUUAGGGACCUACGGUUGUGGCUCUCUUACUGACGGAGAGUUUAAAAUCGAAGUUAGAAUAAACGAUUUCAAAAACAAUUUAAAUUUUCAAAAAGGCUCUGCUGUAGCUGUAACUGGAAGAAUCCAUACACAAGGGCCUAGAAUUUUUUUACAAGUCGAUGACGAAAGUAAUAUUCAAUCCAGAGAAGUAAUUCCACUCCCUUUAGCGGAUGUUUUGCUGGGAUAUAGAGAGUUGAAGCGCAUAAAUGAUGGCCAAUUGCGGAGAGAAGAUGUUGAUUAAAAAAAGUUUAUGAAGUUCUUAGUUCCAGAAAAUUGAUGCAUAAUACAUUUUAUAUUAAGUGACCAUUAAGAUGUAAAAAUAAGUAGGUAAAAAAUGACUAAAUUUAUUUACUAAAAAAUUUUUCUUUUAAGAUUUUUAUUUCGGUUUACUAUUUCUUUAUUAUUAAUUAAUUUG